AUGAAGUUCUCGCACUCGCUCCAGUUCAACGCAGUGCCCGAGUGGUCGUCCAAGUACAUCAACUACUCCGGUCUGAAAAAGCUGAUCUACUCUCUCCAGCGGGAACAUGCCGAAUCUCUCAACACCAACGCCGAUUCCGAGUCCCAGCCGUUCACCGCUUCCGAUGACACCUCCAGUCCGGUGAGUGUGUUUCUGGCUGCUCUGGACAAGGAGCUCGAGAAAAUCAACAAGUUCUUCCUGCUCAAGGAGAAGGACGCCAUUUCCAGCUACAACAGUCUGAUUGACGAGAUCGAGGAGUUUGAACGCGAGUUCCCCACAAACGCCUCCGAUUCCGGUGAGCGACUCAAGCUCAAGCGGAUCCUGGACGCCCUUCGCCCAGAUAAGUUCUUGGACGACAAUAGACCCAUUGACGAACAGCACAUGGCGUCUCCAGUGGUGGAGCCGGUGCUUUCCAGAGACGCGUUCGAGAGCUCAUUGCAGGAGACCACUGUGGACGCCAGUCUGGCCGAGACCGACAAACACGUGCGCGAUCUGUCGCGCAAACGGUCGCACACCCUGUUUGACGACGACGACUUCAACCUCACCUUUUUGGAAGCUCUCAAGGUGGAGAAGAGAAAGCCGCUCGCCAACAUGUUUGUGCUGCUGUCGGAGCUCAAGAGCUACAUCGAGCUCAACAAGAUCGGGUUCAGCAAGGCGCUCAAGAAGUUUGACAAGCUCAUGCACACGAAAACCAAGCACGAGUACAUGGAGUCGCUGGUUACCAACCCUAAUAACGUCAUUUUCAAGCCAGAAACGCUCGAGGACCUGAACCAGAAGCUCGGGGGAAUCAUCAAGCUCUACUCCGUGUUCACUGCAGGCAACGAGGAGUCUGCCAAGGAGGAGCUCCGCUCGAAUCUCAGAGAGUACAUUGUUUGGGAGAGAAACACCGUUUGGAGAAACAUGAUUGGAAUGGAGCGCAAGUCGCAGGCUGCGCGCGUGCAAAAGUCCGUCGUCGCGGACGUGGGCGCGGCCCCGAUCGAGAAGUUCGAUAUCCAUCUCGGUGCCGGCCGCAAAAUCACCAUCCCUGCUCCCGUCUUGUCGGGCAACGCGUUCAAGAUCCUCUUCAUCGCCAUGGUGACCGUGACGCUGCUCAACUUCUCGCCGUUAGACAACCCGCAACAGAAAAACUGUCUGGCCGUUCUUGUGUGCGCUUCGUUGUUGUGGGCCACAGAGGCCAUCCCGCUCUUCACCACGUCUCUUCUGCUUCCGUUCCUGAUCGUGGUGCUCAGAACCCUAGUCGACCCAGACACAGGCGAGCCCCUCUCGCCCGCAGAUGCCUCCAAGUUCAUCUGCUCGGCGAUGUGGUCGCCCAUCAUCAUGCUGCUGCUAGGCGGUUUCACCCUGGCCGCUGCUCUGUCCAAGUACAAUCUGGACAAGAUUGCAUGCACGUUUAUUCUGUCCAAGGUUCCGCAGCACCCGGCCUACGUGCUGCUGUCCAUCAUGUGCGUGUCGACCGUUCUGUCAGCGUUCGUGUCCAACGUGGCCGCCCCGGUGCUCAUGUACUCUGUCGUGCAACCGGUGCUCAACACGCUACCGGAAGGCUCGCAGUUCGCACAGGCUCUGGUGAUUGGAAUUGCGCUCGCGUCCAACGUCGCCGGCAUGGCCAGCCCCAUCGCCAGUCCACAGAACGUCGUUGCACUCCAGAGCAUGGACCCUGAUCCCAACUGGCUCAAGUGGUUCGGUGUUUCCUUGCCGGUCUGUACGUGUGCUCUACUGCUCAUAUUUGUCUAUCUUAUGUUCAUGAUGGACUUCAGAGGAACCACCAUCGUGCCGAUCAGAUCAACAGACGAGAAGUUCACCCCGGGCCACUACUAUGUGCUUGUGGUGUCGCUGGUCACCAUCAUCCUGUGGUGCGGCGCCUCGUUCUUUGAACACCUUAUUGGGGACAUGGGCAUGAUCGCCGUGGCCUCCAUGGUGGCAUUCUACGCCCCGGGCGUGCUGCUCCCCGAAGACUUCAACAAUUACCCCUGGACAAUCGUCAUGCUCGCCAUGGGCGGGCUUGCGCUCGGAAAAGCCGUCACCGUGUCGGGGCUGCUGCGCACCAUCGCAGAGGCAAUCCAGGCCCAGCUCGCCGGCUCCGGCCUGUUCACCGUCUUGUGUCUGUUUGGAAUCAUCGUGCUUGCCAUGGCCACCUUCGUGUCCCAUACGGUGGCAGCUCUUAUAAUUGUUCCAUUGAUUGCAGAGAUCGGCAAGGCCCUUCCUGACCCACACCCCAACCUGCUCAUCAUGGCCACGGCUCUGCUGUGCUCGUCUGCAAUGGGCCUGCCAACGUCUGGGUUCCCAAACGUCACGGCAAUUGGACUCCGCGACAGCGUCGGAAACCCGUACCUGACGGUCGGCACCUUUAUCAAGAUCGGUGUGCCGUCGUCGCUGUUCUGCUACCUGGUGGUGAUCUUUAUCGGAUACCUGAUGAUGAAGCUGCUGGACUUUUAA